AUGUGUAACAAAUCCGGUGAAUCUCCCUUGUACGUGGCCUGUAAAGGGGGACAUGAAGUUAUAGUGGAAUUUUUAUUGAGGAAAAAUGCUGACAUAUCUCAGUGUAAUAGUAAUGGUGAGUCUCCAUUGUCUGUGGCCUGUAAAGAAGGACAUACAGAUAUAGUAGAACUGUUACUUCAGAACAAUGCUGAUGUCUCUCAGUGUAACAUAUCUGGUAAAUCUCCAUUGCUCCUUGCCUGUGAACGAGGUCAUACAUAUAUAGUUGAAUUGAUAUUGAAGAAAAAUAAUGAUGUACAUCAGUGUAAAAGUAAUGCUGAAUCUCUAUUGUAUAUUGCAUGUGAAAGAGGUCAUACAGAUAUAGUUGAAUUGUUAUUGAUGAACAAUGAUGAUGUUUCUCAGUGGCAAAGUAAUGCUGAGUCCCCAUUGUAUGUGGCCUGUAAAGGAGGACAUACAUAUAUAGUGAAACUGUUACUACAGAAAAAUGCUGAUGUCUCUCAGUGUAACAGAUCUGGUGAUUCUUCAUUGUAUAUUGCCUGUAGAGAAGGACAUACAGCUAUAGUAAAACUGUUACUGCAGAACAAUGCUGAUGUCUCUCAGGGUAAAAGUAAUGGUGAUUUUCCAUUGUAUGUGGCCUGUGAAAAAGGACAUAUAGAUAUAGUAGAACUUUUACUACAGAGCAAUGCUGAUGUCUUGCAAUGUAACAUAUCCGAUAAGUCUCCAUUGUAUGUUGCCUGUAAAGCAGGACAUACAGAUAUAGUGAAAUUGUUACUAGAGAAAAAAGCAGAUGUCUCUCAGUGUAACAAAUUCGGUGAGUCUCCAUUGUAUGUGGCCUGUAAAGGAAGCCAGGCAAACAUAGUGAAACUGUUACUUCAGAACAAGGCAGACGUUUCUCAAUGUAACAAAUCAGGCGAGUCGCCAUUGUAUGUGGCCUGUAAAGGAACCCAUGCAAACAUAGUGAAACUGUUACUUCAGAACAAGGCAGAUGUCUCUCAUUGUAAUAAAUCUGGUGAGUUUCCAUUGUUCGUGGCCUGUAAAGGAAGCGAGGCAAAUAUAGGGAAACUGCUACUAGAGAACAAGGCAGAUGUUUCUCAGUGUAACAAAUCUGAUGAGUCUUCAUUGUACGUGGCCUGUAAAGGAGGAAAUACAGAUAUUGUGAAAUCGUUACUACAGAGCAAAGCUGUUGUCUCUCAGUGUAACACAUCCGGUGAGUCUCCAUUGUAUGUGGCGUGUGAAAACAAUCAUACAUUUAUAGUAGAACUCUUACUUCAGAACAAUGCUGAUAUUUCACAGUGUAACAAAUUCAGUUAGUCUCCAUUGCAUGCAGCCU